ACGUUUGUAGUGCCCUGCGAAGUGGACAUCACAGGAUAUUCCGCCAUGAUUCCAGUUCGAAGCGAACUUUGAGUUUCGUCUGUGUGUGAAGAGGCAGCGGCGCAGCGCAAAUCCGCGAAUGAAUGUUCCGAAGUAAACUUCAACGGAUUUCCCUGCUCAGGGAGUAACGUUAGGGAGCAAUGGACACUGUGUAGGGACCAUGUCAAUCGGUACACAGUUCAUGCAUGGAGCUGACUUCUAACGAGCUGAUGAUCUGAAUCAGAGAACAAUGAGGUUUAUGACAAGCCUGGCAGAGAGAGGUUUUUCAGAGGAAAGUAUCAAUGUCAAGAUAUGAACAGUGAUUCAGAGGAAGACGUUCUGGUGGAUGACUGGCUGACAUCCAAACAAGACCUAUUGGACACAACAGAUGAAGAGCUGAACGAUGACCUUUUGCGUAGCGAUGAUGAGAACGAAACUAUGAGAUGUCACAAUGAAAGCAUUCCUAAACCAAAACUGCAGGCGAUUGCAAAGCCUUACCUUGUUUGUGAAACUCCACACCUUGCUGAAGACCAAGCCAGAUGUACUAAAGAAGAGGUGGAGGUGGACCCUGGUGAAGUUUUAGACAUCGAAAUCAAUGCUCCUUCUGGAGAUGAAUUUCAACAGGAAGUUGCUGACUACAGUGACCAUCAGAAGGCCGACAUAAAGAUGGAUGUUAAGGAUGGUGUUAAAGUGGUGUCCAGUUUACCCAUGCAGGAGUCAAGAGAGGGUGGAUCUGAGUUGCGAGAGGGUCUCUCUCUUCAACCCUCUGGGCGUCAUCUCGCACGCUCCUGCAGGGGACAGCCUGCCCCAGAGGAGACCCUCACUGGACCCUCCCGCAGUCCUGAGCCAGUGUUCCCAGGACAGCAUAUGUUUGAUCAACAACACUCUGCUUCAGUCUUGGACACUAAUCCGCUCCUCGCUGGACCUACUCCCAUGGGCUCCAUUCAGCCUCCAGGAAAUGAGAGUGACCCCUGGAGGCCCAGUCUAGCUUUGCAGGGGCCCACGGAUCUGUCAAAGCCUGGGACUCCCCACCGUGGGCAAAAGCCUCUCCAGAAACAUCCAUCAGCUCAGUUUGGCUGCUCCUUUAUUGCUCCCUCUGGACCACAGGCACAGAAACCUGCUGUGCUGGUAAGAGCUGUUGCCAGGAUGGUGCAGAGUGCCAAGCCAAUGGCUGUUGCCAGGGGGAUGCCCAUUGCUGCAAGGCAGCCAGCAAGUGCCAAGUCUAAGAUAUCUGCCAAAACUCCACCAGCGCCAGGGAUGGUGGGAAGAAAUGUGGGUCAGAAGGUCAAGGUGCAGCCCCAGACUCCUCCAGCUACUCAAAAACUUCCUGCAAAGCCGCUAAACAUGACAAACAACAAAGAGUUUUGUUAUCCUCAGUGUGAAGAGGAGGCGUUCUACAUGGAGAGGCUGCAGGAGCAGAUGCGACUGAGGGAGCAGGUUAUCAAACAGAAGGAACGGAUGAGAUCUAGACGGGCCGCAAACAAGAAGCAUCUGCAGCAGGAGCGCUUCCAAACUGAUAGUUCCACCGGACACUGGAACAACAACCAAAAUCAACAGAAACAGCCAUGUGUCUUGGGUUCUUGCCCUCGGAAGGUUACGCACCAGCAGCCCUUCCAUAAUCCCCCUCACUGUCUCGUCCUGGAGCGCCAAAAAAAUCCAGAAAAAAAAUCCAGAAAUGAAAUCCAGCCCUUGCCUUCACAGCAGCACCAGUACCAGGUUGUAGUGCCCCCACUUCAGCCACCAUGGCAACAAGCUCCACUGACACGAGGGAAUCCAUCAGGCCAUGCAGCAGAGCUGCAGCAUAAUCAGCCUCAUCAGAGGGGCACAGACAGGGUGGUGUUACAGGGAAUGGAGCAAGUCCCAGAUCAGAUGAACCAACAGUACAGUAUUGAUGAAGUCUGGCGAGGACACAAGAGGAAGUGUGAGCCGAGAACUUCUGAUGGGCCUGUUCCCACUAAAAUUAGAGUGGUCAAACACCUCAGCCCGGUUAGUGUGAGUUGUGAUCUCACACCAGAGAUGAGCAAAGAGACUAACGCAGUGACUAAAACGAAGCCCAGAAUUGUCACCUUCAAAAUGCCUGAUUCAUCGCCACCUUCAUUUCUGCAACACAGUCUCAAGUUAAACUGUCCCAAACAGGGAAGGGGAUCCGGCCCAAACCAGCCCCAGGAUGAGGUGGCUGUCAGGGGAAACCAACGCAGCGCUUUCAUACCCUUCAGUUCCGGCCUGAGAACAGAGUCUGUUACUGCUCAAACCCAUGUCAACUUCAUAGUAAGACUGAACCACUGAACUUCUUGGAAAUCAAGCUUUAUCCAACAACAUGCUGAGUUGAAAUUUUUCAGUGUUCUCACAGGUUUGGCAACGUUUUUGUUAUGAUGCAAUAUUUGCCUUUUUUGUGAUUGUUGAAGACAGUGGUUUGGCAUUUUGCUCCUUGGUUUCCAUUAAAUACCUACACUGCUUGCAUGUUCCUGCGUGGCUGUUCAUGUUAUUUAGCAAGAAACCCUUUAAUUUGUAUGUUCUGUGAUAUAUUGAUACUUUAUUUUGAGUCACUUUUAUACAGUCACUCAUAUUGAUUUACUAUUCCCCAUAACUGUAUUUCAGUUUUAUUUAAGUUCUGUCUCUGUGGAAUGUGCAGAUAAAAAUGACCUAUAAAAACAAAGGUGGCAUCAUGAUGAUGAAUUAUAGCCUGUUGACAACUUCCAGUAAUGUUUUAAUAAACAUUAAAGUUGUAGUUCACCCAGAUUUUUUCACUCACCCUCAACCUGCAUGAAU